CAUAUCAACAUGAAAAGCAUUACGCAAAAGGCACACGUUUGUUGAAAACAGUGUUGGUUUGAUUGAAAUUUAUAUAAUAGCAAAAAUGUUGUAGAAACAGGACAUUUCUUCACAGAUUAUCGCAAAUUUUAUUUGUGUGCGAUAUUGGGAACAAAAAAGAAGUUACUUACGGAAACUUUCAAAUAAACAAGUGAACACGGGUUGGAAAUAUUUUCCAUGAGCAACCAUUUAUCUUGAAGUUUCAAAGAAUUAUGAUGAUCAGAAUGGAACAAAAGAAACUCUCAAUAUGUAUGUUCGUGUGCAUAAUGACACAUCAAGCGUAUGCCGUAUGUGACUUCCAGUCGCCAUUUACUAUCUCGGAAACAGCACCAAUUGGCACUGUUAUAUUUAAUACCACCAAACCUCCGGGAACAGCUCCGUCGUUUACCAUUAAAAGUCCUACACAAGGAGGUGUCGACGCCGCACUGAUGGACCACUUUUCGUUAAUUAAUAGUUACACAACCUUUAAGCUGAUAAAUUCAAAAGUCCUAGAUCUGGAAGAAUUCAUGAUCUUGUAUGGAGCGGAUAUAAGAAAUAUAGAGUUAAUGGUCACAUGUGGAGGGACUACUGUGAGUAUUCUAUUAAUAUCACUACCUUCAUGGAUAAAAUUCAUAAGUAAGUCAAAGGAUGACUGUUAAAUUGUUCUUUUUAUGAGUAGUAUCAUUUAAUCUUAAAAUACUA